AUAUCUAGACUACCCCUUUGAGGAUAACUUCGGGAAAGCUAUCCCGUCCUUUCCACCUCGAGCUGUUCUGUUUGACUACCUAAAAGGUCGAUAGAAAAAGCGAAUGUCCGCGACCAAAUACGUUCAAUAUGCUCGUGAAGAAUCCUUUCAAAUGCAUGCAGGGACCUACGUCUAGGCAAGCCUCUGGAGCAGGGCCAUCUGGCAUGUCUUAUUUGUAUCAGGACAGGAAACGACGUGAUUCUGGAGACACUUAUGAAGUUGUUUGCUAUGAAAAACAGUCUAACUGGGGUGGAUUAUGGAAUUAUACCUGGCGAACAGGUUUAGACGAGUAUGGAGAGCCUUGCCAUGGAGGUAUGUAUCAGGACCUCUGGUCCAAUGGACCAAAGGAAUGCCUGGAAUAUCCAGACUACACUUUUGAGGAUCAUUUCGGGAAAGUUAUACCGUCUUUUCCGCCUCGAGCUGUUUUGUUUGAUUACUUAAAAGGUCGAUGGGAAAAGGCAAAUAUCCGCAAUCAAGUACGUUUCAAUAUGCUCGUGAAGAGUGUGACGUACAAUAAGGAGACUGACGACUUCACGGUGAGAGUUAAGGAUCUCAAAAGUGACAUGGUUCUCCCUUCAGAAACAUUUUCCCAUGUCGUGGUAGCUAAUGGUCACUUCUCAGUCCCAAAUGUUCCUGAAUUUGAUGGAGCAGAGACAUUCCCAGGCAGAAUACUUCAUUCGCAUGAUUUUAGGAAAGCUAGCGAGUUCAAAGGUCAACGACUUUUGAUAGUUGGCGCAAGCUAUUCCGCAGAGGAUUUAGCAAUGCAAUGUCGGAAAAUGGGCUCUGGAAAUGUCAUAUGUUGCUGGCGCACUAAACCGACGGGUUUCAAGUGGCCAAAAGGAAUAGAAGAACGUCCUAAUUUGACCAAAAUUGAUGGGAAUACAAUCCACUUCAAAGAUGGAACCACGGCAGACGUCGAUGCCAUAAUAUUUUGCACCGGCUAUCUGUAUAAGUAUCCGUUUCUGUCGGAGACUCUUUGCCUAAAGACGGGGCUACGAAUGUACCCACCCGGAUUAUACAAGGGGACAGUAUGGAUGGGUGACGGAAACAACAAGCUGAUGUACCUUGGUAUGCAGGAUCAGUACUACUCCUUCACCAUGUUUGAUAUUCAGGCGGAGUGGGCAUGUGCAGUAAUAAAAGGUUCCAUAAAACUUCCAACUCGGGAUGAAAUGGAGUCUGACAUAUCGAAAUGGCUGAAGAAAGAGGCAGCACUGAAGGAUUGCUAUGACGAUAUCUUCUUUCAGACGGAAUUUGUUUGUGACCUAGCCAAAGAGGUAGGCUGUCAACACAACCUGAAUGUCAAAGCCCUAUUUGAUAAAUGGGAAGAUGAUAAGUAUGCUGAUGUUUUAACUUACAGAGAUCAAGUAUUUUCUUCAGUCUUUACUGGCACUCCAGGGAUAAAACACCACACUCGAUGGAUUGAAGCGAUUGACGACACUUUAGAAACAUUCGUUAAUCAAACACCAAACAAGUAAAGUGCGAAGGGUUGGUCCCGAUCAAUCAUUUGUAUAGAGACACUUAUUUAGCAACUCAUAUUUAAUCCAGAACAUGCCUAAUAAUUACAUAUGCGGUCGGAUGUUUACUAUGAAGUAUUAUGUUGUUGAUAUAUACAUAUAGACGAGUGCAUAUAUUUUGCAAAUGAACUAAAGGAUGUUGUUUAUGUUGUACUGGCCAUGUGUUUUGCUACUGACCGUCUUAAACGACUGUGCUGAUUUUUACCAAAUUUUAUGUAAACCAUUCUUUUGUGAAGCGGACUGAAUUUAAUUCAAAUAAUGUGUGUGGAUCCUAGCUUCUGAGGGGCAAGACCCAACACUACUGAAUAUUUAAACUCCUUAUUUUAAAAGUAUGAAAGCAUUUUAUCCAAAUUGAGUUUGAAUCAUUUUUGGGGAAAAUGGAUUUAAAUUCGGCAAGGAUGAUCUUCUUGGCGAAGAAGAGCGGAGUCCAAGAUGGGAAAUAGAGCUUUGAACCCACGGUGAGUGUCCUAUGGGUACACUGGAGUGACAUGUGGAUAGAACAUCUGAGAAGAAAUUGUCAGUCGUCAAGUGACUAAGAUCAGGAAAUGGCAUGAUUGUUUUACUUCCAUGUAGUUGUACACCAAUUUAGUGCAAAAUGAAAUUUGCGGGUAGUUAAUGAAUAUUUAUUUUAGACUUCACUAUAUAUGUUUAUAUCUUAUACUCCGAAUUGUUAUACAAUAUUAAUUCUAGUGGAGGGAUUUUGUUUUAAAAUCACUUUCAUUUUCGUUGUUGUGGUAUGACACAUUGUGUAAAGGAGGCUCGAGUAGUGAUAUUCUACAAUUUGGGGUACUUUCCAGCUAAAUGUAGGUUUGUCUUGAGAAGUUGAACAAUAUGAUGUAAGAACCAAAUCCUCUGCAAAGAUUUAUAGAUUUUCAUGUACAUUAUGUCAAAAACAUUUAUACAAAUAAAUUUAAAUACAUCA